UCUCCGUCCAAUCACAGGGAAGCUUACGUGACGCCCCGCCCCUUCUACUUACGAUACAAUUUUGACACGGAAAGUGAUGGCUGCCACUGAAAUGGCUGCCGCUGCCUCCGAGGUAAGUCCUCCGGUGAGGGACGAGCAAUGCGGUCCCAACGAGGACAAUAUUGAUAACUCUGGCGACUGCCGUAACGAAGCGGAAACGGGAGCGCCAGCUGGCUGCGGUGAGCCGAAAAUGGCUGAGUUGGAGGCUGAGGCGGCGAAGCAGGCCGCCAGCGAAGCGCCGCCGCCGACUGACGUUCCAGAAUCGGUCAACCAGGCGGCGACAUCCCCUCCCCAAAAUGAGGUUCUACCUUGCGAUGAGGUGUCGUCGGAGCCACAGCAGAACUACGCGGAAAUCAGCGGUGAGCACUUAAAUUGUGGCACAGCGAAAGAUGCCAAAGCAGAGCCCGGUGAAGAGAGCCGGUGUUCGGGUAUGGAGGACUGCGACAAGAGCAAACCCAUUUGCGAGGACGGCGACAAACUGAGUGGCGGGGACGCAGCGGUGGGAGACAAGAGGCGGCCGAGCGUGGAGAUCUCCUCCUCCGACGGUGAACCCCUGAGCCGCAUGGACUCCGAGGACAGCAUAAGCAGCACCCUGAUGGAGAUGGAGAGCACAGUGUCAAGUGGGCGCUCCACCCCGGCUAUGAUGAACGGACAGGGCAGUGCCAGCUCCUCUGCUGUUAAGGCCGUCGCCUACUCCUGUUGCUGGGACCUUUGUCUUCAGUAUUUCAACUCAAGCCCUGAUCUUGCGGAGCAUAUCAGGGGCAUCCAUGUGGACGGACAAAGAGGAGGGGUCUUUGUGUGUCUGUGGAAGGGUUGCAAGGUGUACAACACCCCAUCUACCAGUCAGAGUUGGCUUCAGAGGCACAUGCUGACCCACAGUGGAGAUAAGCCCUUCAAGUGUGUUGUUGGUGGCUGCACCGCAAGUUUCGCUUCACAAGGAGGCCUGGCUCGCCACGUGCCCAGCCACUUCAGCCAACAAAGUUCUUCCAAACUAUCCGGUCAGGCUAAACUUAAGGAGGAGUCACCCUCUAAGGCUGGUCUCAACAAGAGGAAGAAGCUCAAGAACAAACGCAGGUGCUCCCUACCGAGGCCUCAUGAUUUCUUUGAUGCUCAAACCAUGGAUGCUAUCCGUCACCGAGCCAUCUGUCUCAACCUAUCGACUCAUAUUGAAAGUGUGGGCAAUGGACACAGUGUGGUCUUUAACAGCACAGUACUGGCCAAAAGGAAAGAAGGCUCAGGAAAAGUGAAAGUUCUCUUACACUGGACACCAGAAGACAUUCUGCCUGACGUGUGGGUGAAUGAAACUGACCAAUCUCAGCUGAAGACGAAAGUGGUGCACUUAUCCCAGUUGCCACAGGAAACUGCCAUGCUGUUGGACCCAAACAUAUACAGGGCACUUCCACAGAAGCGACUAAAGCAGAGCCUGUAAGGUGUUCUCUCUGGAUUAGGUUUUUAUUCCUUGGUCCUACAAGUUAUUUCUAAUUGGGAUGAGACACUCGUCGCCGUUCUUUGGAAUGGGACAUGGAACAAUUGAAACAAUUUGUCUUCAUGAAGAACUCAGAAUAAUGCUGUACCCCCACACCCACUCCCCACCUCAAAAAAGACAGAAAAUCUGAAAAUAUCUCAUCAUCUAAUGUUGUAACAAUUAUGUGGAAUAAACAUUUUUAUU